CCUCUGGGCUGGCAAAGGACCUGGCCGGAGGAGUCCAUGAAGCAAGUCGCUUGGCAUGAAGCUGGGGGAGGGGGUGGCAUUCAUCGCUCCAGCCUCCAUGCUGCCCUUUCCAUUUCAGUGCCAUUCUCCUGCCUGUCCCCCCGCCCCAUGCCUCAGCUUCUCCUCCUCCCUGGAUUCUCCCUGCUCCCUCUUCCCAUUUAAACCAGCUGGGCUGGGGUUACUAGUAUAUUCCCACCCACUGUCAAGCACAUUCUGAGUUUAGCAUUGGUCUACACAUGCCCUGAGCGGGACCUCUCUACACAGCCUUUCCCCUUUGGGGCCUCACCACUGUGCCACCCGCAAGGCUGAGCUUUUCCUCAGCUGGGCGCUUCUGGGUGGGGCUUCGGGAUGGGGUCCCGGGAUGGGGUCCGGGGGCCAAGUGGGGCCUCAGCCUCCUCUCCUCUCCUCCUCCUCCAGACUGUGGUACAAACCUCCAUGAGCCGGUCCCACACAGCCCUGCUGGGCCUGGGCCUGCUGCUCAUGCUGCUGCUGUACGUGGGGCUGCCAGGCCCCCCUGAGCACACUUCCUGGCUCUGGGGAGACCCCAAUGUCACAAUCCUGGCCGGUCUCACCCCUGGCAACUCCCCCAUCUUUUACCGCGAGGUGCUCCCACUCCACCGGGCACGAAGGGUGGAGGUGGUGCUGCUCCACGGGAAAGCCUUCACCUCGCGCACGUGGGAGCAGCUGGGCACGCUGCAGCUGCUGGCACACAGGGGCUACCGGGCCGUGGCCCUUGACCUCCCAGAUGGAUUUCCUCCCAUCAGUCGCGACAAAAGUGCCCAUUUCCCCGCAUCUUCCCCAACACUGCGCAUCACCAGUCUUCUUCACUUUCGCCAAUAUGGCGGAAGGCUGGCGCGCGCGCUGCGGGACCUGGAGGUGCGGAACGCGGUGCUGGUGAGCCCCUCGCUGAGCGGCCGCUAUGCCCUGCCCUUCCUGAUGCGGAACCACCCUCAGCUGCACGGCUUCGUGCCCAUCGCACCCGCCUCCACCCAGAACUACACCCGGGAGCAAUUCGGGGCCGUGAAGACCCCGACGCUCAUCCUGUACGGGGAGCUGGACCGCACCCUGGCUCAGGAGUCCCUGCGGCGGCUCCACCAGGGAGCCCGACCCAGGGUCAGUGCAGGUGAGCUCCCCGCCUCACUGUCACAGCAUGGUGGUUUCACCCUCGCACGGGCCAUCCUCGGUCGCUCAGACUCGCCACACCCAACCGCAGCCCACCGCCACCCACACGGUCAUACCCACCGACAGCUAGAGGGGCCCCGCUGCGGCUGGUCCAGCGAUCACGCGGCGGCCGCCCCGCACCGGCCGGUCCAUUUACCCUGCAUUCCUGGCACCUGCCGGUCCGUUUAUCCUGCCUUCCUGUUCGACGGGGACGUGAUCCUGCGGGUGCGUGGUCCGGGCUCCGGGAGGCGGGGGACGGCUUAA